AUGGCACCAUCCGUCCUCAUCACCGGCUGCAGCGCCGGCGGCAUCGGCCACGCCCUAGCCCUAACCUUCCAACGAAAAGGCUUCACCGUCUUCGCCACAGCCCGCGACAUCUCCAAAAUGAGUGACCUCGCCUCCUUACCCAACACGUACUGCCUGACCCUAGACGUCACUUCUAAGUCUAGCAUCCUGCAAGCCGUCGAAUUCGUAGGGGCCCACACAAACGGCCUCGGAUUAGAUAUUUUGAUCAACAACUCCGGUCAACAAUAUGUCCGCCCAAUGAUGGAUAUGGCUGAAGAGGAAGCUAGGAAGAUGUUCGAUGUUAAUUUCUGGGGCGUCUUCGCUGUUACGCAGGCGUUUGUGGAUAUGAUCAUCUCGGCGAAGGGGGCGGUUGUGAAUGUUGCUAGUAUUUCGGGGUAUUGGUAUACGCCUUAUAUGACUGUCUACAACGCCUCCAAAGCUGCCCUCGCUAUAUUUGGCGAAACCCUCCGUCUCGAACUUCAACCCUUCGGUGUCCGCGUUGUAUCUAUCAUCACAGGCGCUGUGGACACAAACAUAAUGAAAAACUCAUCCGUCCCCCAACUACCGGAUACAUCACGCUACCUCCCCGCUGAGAAACAGAUCCUUGAUCUUGCGGUUGGUAACGACAACGAUGGCGUGAAGCGCAUGUCUGCCGAAGACUUUGCAGAAAAGGUGGCUAACGAUGUAAUCGGUGGUGCAAAUGGGAAGAUUUGGAGAGGAGGUUAUUCCUCGAUUGCGAGGUUGUUUAAUGUUUUGAUACCGACGGGGGUGUUGGAUGUGAUAUUAUCGAAGAAUCGAGGUCUUGAUGCUCUUUGA